UAGCUAUUUUACCGUUGACAUUAAUAAUCUAAUAACUAUUAUAGUUAAAAGAAACAAAUUAUUAUAAACCAAUCAUAAAUUUUUAUUUCGUGUUUUUUAUCCUGUAUGUUUAUUUCUAAUCAAUAGUUGUAAGUUUUUUUAGAUAUGAAUAAGAUUAAAUAUGGAACGCGAUAUAAAUUAAUAUAAAUAUUGAUUUAAUAUUAAACAAAUAUACAUUCUCUAUUCUAUUUAUCGUGAUUUCAAGUUAAUAUCUGAUCCGAAUCACUAGUAAUUCCAGUCGAAGCUGCAAAUUUUCUUAUAAUCAUAGUAAUUGAUUAAAAGAUCCUUAUUAUGACUAGAAUUAGAAUAUAAUUUGACAUUUAAAUUUAAAAUUAUCGAUCAAAGUUGAUGAAACGUAGUUUGACCAUGCGUCUAGUUUCUCGUUCAUUGUCAAUGUCAUUUUUCGUUGAAUAAAUACUUAAGUAUUGUAAUAUAUGCAUUUAUGAAGAGAAUCUGCAGGUUAAUUAUGUAAGAACAUAUCUAAUAUAAAAUAUUUAUAUUGAUAUCAUUGUAUUUUUACAUAUCAUUAUCUGUUAUUAUCAUCCAAGGCAGAUUUUUUUAUUAAAACGUACACAGUAACGUAAUUGUGAUGGUGAAUGAAUAUAUAUAUAUAUAUAUAUAUAUAUAUACACACAUACAAUGUAAUAUUUGCCGAAGUAGUGAAAGGAGUAACCGGUUUUUAAGUAGAUAGCGGGCAGCGGAUUGCACAAAAGAGAUAUAAAAAGUAAAAUGAUUUGUCAUGCAACCUUCAACCGGUUUUGCUUCGAUUGCCAACUGUAAAAAGUGUAUUCGUUAAUUUUUUACGCCCAGCUUGGAAUGAACAUAAAUACUAAUAUUUCAGAAUAAGCGAAACGGUCUUUUAAAUUAUAUCUAUAUAUAUAUAUAUACGUUCGCACAUAUAAACGAAUAUUGAUAUAAAGUUCGUAUGCGCCAAAGGCACAUUUUUAAAAUAUUCACGAACGUUUAACAAGACUUGUGAGAAAAAAGUAUUCGCGAGUAUUUAUCACCAACCCGCAGUCUGUCUUCAAAUCGAUAUCGACCGCUAACUGACAGCGAAUUUUCUUUUUGUGUAUGUACAUAUGUACACACAUUAUGUUAGCAAAUGUUAGCGAAUACCCAUAAAUACGUUAUGUAGGUACGCGGCCGACGGAUGCCCGACUUGACAAGCAUUUAUGUGUACAUACAUAUAUCGAAAAUCGAUUCUACCAAGGCAAAGAAAUGUGUAAUACGAUUUAAUAGAUCAAAGGUGUUAACACGAUUUGAAUAAAUUAAAAGAAUGCGUCAAAACAAGAACGCUCGUCAUCUGAUGAGAUGUAAAGUAACGAUAAAAAUACAGAAAUAUAUUUUCCUUUUCUUGAAAUAUUAUGAUAGGAACCAUUCGAUCACAAUGAUUAAUGAUAGCCGUAUGCGUCGCUGUUAAAAAGAUAGAAAAGCAUGACAAAAAGUAGAAGAUACGUACAUAAAAAUAUGACACAAUGUGUUGUAACCUUUUAGCAGAUAUUCGUUCGAUAUGAAAAGAAACGCGCGUCUGAUUCACGGUUCAGUAUAACGUCGACCGUUUCUCUGAUAGGAGUUGAUUGUAAUACGAUUUCGUGUGUGAGCCACGCCGAAAUUUGUCUUUCUUUUUCUUUUCCAUCUUCCUGCUCGCCCCCUCUGACCCCUCUAUCGUAUCUCUUGCCUCUGUCAAGUUAUUGCGAUUUUUAAGUCAGCAAUACAAUAGGAGAGUGUCCCAAUAUCGGAAGUAUAGUGACAAGUAGUGGUAAUGAUUAUGUUUUAGCACGUAACGAACCAUGAGGGAUUUAUUGUCAGUCGAAAGAACACUAUAUCAAAGCGAAAUUCUUCGAAUAGCGAGAGCAAGUUUUUUUUAGUUGAUUACUGAAUGAACAGGAGACUGGAUCUAUACGAUGAUUCAUCAUUUUCCAUAGGACUGCGAAGAAUCGAGCCGCUUAAUAAAACAGUUAUAUCUUUCAAUGACUAUUUCGAAUCGUAAAACACAUUAACUUAAAACGAGGUUAUCCGAACUUAAUUUAAACCGACUGAACAUAGUCUCUCGAAUUGGAACGAUUGACCGAAUAAACGAGAAUAACAAAUCGGUACAACGAUGCAAAAUUGUUGCGACGAUGGAGAUAACGACGUCGUCUAUAAGGAUGUGGUCAUUAUAGGAAACGGGCCUAGUGGAAUAUGCCUUUCUUUCAUGCUUGCUGGAAAUUGGCCUUAUUAUACCGGUGAACCACAUCCCGCGGAUGAAAUGCUCACAGCCAGAUUACACUCGAGCACGAGGUCCGGAAAUGAUGACGAGGAAUGUUGCGAUAAGACGAGUCAAGAACAACGACAAUUAGGGGAUGAAUCGAGAUGCCAUCGAUGGCACGAGAGUGAGAAUACCGAGUUGAGAAAAUGCCAGGGGAACAGCGGAGGAAGGGGCUUGGCGAGCAGUACGCGUUGCAAAUUGGAAUGCCUUUCUUCCGGACUGGAAGGUAGAGCCGGUGGUAGGCCUUUGGCACUUCUUAUGGACCAACUUCAACAUCCCUGUGUCGAUGCUGGCCUUGAUGUGCCGUCUCUGCUUACCUGGAAAUCGGUCGAGCAACAUCCUGAGCAUAAAGUGAUCGAUCACAUUGUGCUCGGUAAAGGUCAACCUGGUGGUUCAUGGCAGUCGAUGGAUCCAAACGUGUUGACCAUCAGCUUGAACCGAUGGAUGUCGUUGCCCGAUUUAGACAUAAGACAAUGGGAGAUGUUGGUCGAGUCCGAAGAACUUCAAAAAGCAAAUUCGACAGAGGGUAAACCGUCGUGCAUGUACUAUGCCUUUCAAGAGAAACCGAGUGCAUGUAAAACGGCUAGCAGAAUUUCCGUCGGUACAGUGGCUGCCUAUUAUAAAGAUUACGUACGGAGAAAGAAGUUGGAACAGUACUUUCGAUGCGAGACUGUAGUUACUUCAGUGAGACUGUGCUGCGAUUCUCGUCAUCAUCAUCAUCAACAGCAACAACAACAACAACAACAACAACAAGAUCGUUACGGAUGGAUAGUCGAUGGUUUCGAUAAACAAACCGGGAAACCGUUUCGCUAUCGCUGCAAAAGAGUCGUUCUUGCCACAGGCACGACCGAUUUGUCAAAUCAAUUGGGUGUAGCCGGUGAAGAUUCUCAACUUGAUUGGGUAACGCACGAUCUAAACAAGCUGGAGUCAAGAUUGGAUCAUUUGAUUAGUCAUCAGCAACAUGCAAACGAAGUAGAGGAACGACGGCAACCAAUUGAUCCGGUAUUGGUGAUCGGUUCCGGACUAAGUGCUGCCGAUGCAAUCAUGGCCGUUCGUUUUCAUGGUAUUCCCGUCUUGCAUGCAUUUCGUGACUCGUCCAACGAAUGGAAUAAAUCAAACGACGAGAAAAUACGUACUAUCUAUGAUAGAUUGCAAGGUCUACCCAGCUCGAUGUAUCCCGAAUAUCACAAGGUAUACGAGAUGAUGGCUGAUGGUGGUACUAAUUAUCCUCUAUACAAAGCGUUACCAGGGUACACGUUGCUCGGACUUACUGCAAAUGAUACUGAUUUCAUCGAUGGUGCCGGAUUCGAAAAACAUCCGAUGGUUACGCUUGUCGACCCAGACGGAUGCGCACACGCUUUUCGUGUCUCUGCCGUAGCCAUCCUUAUCGGUUACAAGCCUGAUUUGUCCUAUCUCAAAGCUGGCGGUAUCGGGCUUGGUAAAUAUUUCGAGAAACCCAUAGAUGGUAAAUCGAAUCCUAUCGAGGUUGACGAUUUUACUUAUGAAGUAAUCAAAGCCCCAAGAUCUGGACUUUACGCUUUAGGCCCUUUAGUCGGUGAUAAUUUUGUACGUUACAUACUCGGUGGGGCGUUUGCAAUUUUAGUUCACAUUCUAAAUACCUCGUCUCCGUCUUUUACUUGAGUAAUGUGUAGUCGCACAAGCCUCUUAACUCGUGUUCGAUCGAUUCCGAGUCUCCGCAGAAUCAUAGACAAACCGCACGCGUUUUCUAUUCGUAUAUUCUGUACUAUACUUAUCCAGGGACAUUUUUCUCUAUUCAGCUGAUGUACCUUUCUACCACUGUGUAUGAAAACUAAGUAAACGUAAACUCUUUUACGCGUAAAUGAUAUCCAAAUUGUUUAUCACUUGAUGCAAAUUUGUCCCUUAGUUUUUCAAAAUGCGUGCGUACUUUUAACAAAAUCUACACGAAACUGCUUAUACAAGUAUAUUAAGGUUUUUAUCAUGAAUCUUGACCAAGGAAAACAAAUCCGAUCAUACAGAUGAUACAAUAAAAUUCAUACGACUUUAACAUCUGCAUUUAGUGCAUUCCAUUUAUUAGAAUAAAGUUUUUAUUACAGAAAAGUUUUUAUUACAGAAUUGCAGUAUUGCGAAUCACAUAUUGAACGUUAAACUACUUCUUCAUAGGUAGGUACUAUUCCAUAGGUUGAAUUUCCUUCAACUUAAUAAAUCUCAGAAGAAAGCGUAUUUUAUGAAUUUCUACUGUUCCUUGGUUAACGAAUCGUUUCUAAUUUGUAUAACGUAAAAUUUUUGUAAAACUGAAUAAAUAAUUAUACCACACUCGGAGUUUAUGUAACACAUGUUUGCAUACAUUCACGAGUACGCACAUACCGUGUGAGACAAACGAAGAAUAUGCAGAUACUAUAAUUUAUAUGUAUAACUAUCAUUAUAAGUAUAUAAGUACGUGCAAGCAAGAAAAUCGUUCAAACUCUCGUAACAGUAAUAUUUUUUUAAAAAUUCAAUCUAUAUAUAUAUAUAGGUAGAUAUACAUAGAUAUAUAAACGAUAUAGAUAUAAAAUAUAUGUACCGCUCAGUCUGUGAUAAAAAAAAAGUGCAAUAUUCAAGGAAAAUUUAUUUAGUGUUCAUAAGAAUGAAAAUUCAAUAUUGUUAACUAAUGUUAUUAUUUAUCUUAAUGACUAUUAAACUAUAUCAAAAAAUAUUUAUUUAUGAUAUUUAAGUCAAUGUUAAAUAAUAUAAUAAUCAUAGCAUACGUUCGAUAAAAUAUUCAUUUAUUUUAAAAAAGGAAAGGAAACAACUGCAAUACACUACACACACAAGAGUAAGUUCAUAUUUCUUCUUCUCUUGUAUACUAUACUACAUCAGGCCAGACUAGACUACUAAAAUAGUCAAUCAGCCAAAAGGCGACAAUCUGCUAAUCGACAUUUAUCAUACCUUUUUACAGUUCAUUUUAUUUGUGAACACAUUUGAUUUCCGUUUCAGCUACUCUUUGUUUUAUUAAAAAUUUACAGCUGUAAUCUCAAAGUAAAUAUAUGUUACAGUUAAUUUAAAUUCAAAAUACAAUUAAAAAUUAUGGUUAUUAAUAUUUACAUUUAUAUUAUAUAUAAGUCUUAAGACCCCCAUCACAUGUAAUGAUGUAUACAAUAAACAAUACGGAAUAAAUAACCGGAAAUAAGUCAACACUAUGGAAUGAUUUCGAGCAUGAAAUGAAAAGAAUAAUUGAUAAGGUCACAGAAAUAAAAUAUAUAUCUGCUUAA